AAAGGGUUCAAAACCCUAAUAUUCAUAAAUAAUAAUAAUCAAUCACUUUGCUCUCUAUCUCUCGUUUAGGGUUACCGUUGAGAUAUCAUCAUCACUUUCGCUUGGCUCAAUCAAUCGAUGUAAUGAAGCGAGAGCGAGAUCACCAGUUCGAAUGCGGAAUAUGCGGAGCAGAAGAUCGGUAUCUCCUCCACAACGUCCGCCACCGUACCCCAUCCUACCGCCGCCUUUGCACGAACUGUCUCUUAAAAGACCACCGUGGUCUCUUCUGCCCUUUCUGCUUUAGUGUGUAUGAAGAACCACUCCCAAUUGAUCGAUCCAUGUGUAACAAAUGCCCUUCCAUCUCUCACAAACCUUGCAUCCCUUCCAAUUACCCUCACCACACUCCCUUCAUCUGCCCCUCUUGCUCCUCCCCCAAUUUCUCCUUCUUUAAUCCUACUACAAACGGAGAUUCUCCUUCCGGCAGGAUCAUCGAUAGAGAUUCCGCCAGAGCGCUUGUUGCUGCCGCCAAGAUUGCUGCCGUUUCCAUGACGAAAGCGGCGGCGAUGGCCAAGGUUGAAGCUGAGAAAAGGGUUAAGGAAGCUACUUAUGCAAAGAAGAGAGCUAGAGAAGCGCUUGAAAGGCUUGCUUAUUUGGCUGCCAAAGAGAAAGAGAUUAUGGAGGGAAAAGGAGGAGGAAGUAAUUAUAAUGGGCUUUAUCUAGCUCCUCCUCCUCCUCCUCCUCAGAUUACAGGGAAAGUGGAGAAAUGAUGGUGAUUUUACUUCUAAAUAGGUUCAAGUUGGGUGGUGCUGCUUCGGUUGAUGGCAAAUCUGCUGAUAUUAUCUAUUUCAACAUAUUGCUGCUUGGAAUCUAUUCUGUUAUUACAGAUUGCCUUCAAAGUUGGAAACGGGAGGACAUUAUCAUCAUCUUUAUCGGAGGUGUUUUAUGGCUUACAGUUACAGUGACUACUAGUACACCAACAAGGAUAAUUAAGAAUCCUCUCACAACAACAUUACCUGGUUUCGUCUUGCUUCUUCUUCUUCUUCUUUUUUUUUCUUUUCCCUCAACUCAAGUUUUACUUGUUCUGAUGAAUGAUGGAUUUGUGAAUUCCCAUCGAGGGGAAAGGAUAAAUAAGGAGAGACUAAAACCAAAUAACAUGAAGCUCCAUUUUCUACAGACAAGGGUGUCUUAAAUUAGGAAGAUUGUAUAUUUUUUCAGCAGGAUUGCACAAGCAUGUUCCAUUGUAGGUGCUGUAUCUCUGGUUUACAAGCAAAAUUAUCAGCUGAAGGAUGAGAUUUUUUUAGAGGAAAUGAU